AUGACCGACAGCAGCUAUAAUUCGCCUGCCAGGAGUUACGGGUCACCAGCUAGGAGCUUAAAAAUGUUAGACAGGGUAUACGGUUCUCCAGCUCGGUCGUAUUGUGGUGACCAUUCUUCCGCCACGGAGUCUGAAGGUGAAGAAACGUUGGAGUUAUUAACUGAAAUACCGAGUUCGCCAGACCAAACAAUUUUAGAUGGUUGGUUAAAAUUCAGGGACAACAAGAAAGUAAGUAGACGAGCUAUUAUUACUUAA